AUGGAGGAAGUGAUGGACGUCCUGAUGAUCACGUUAAGUGUUAUGGGAGUAAUCUUCCUCAUCCAGCAAGUGAUGAAAGGGUAUAAGAUUCUGUACAACAAGCUGAAAGUCCGGAGGACUGGUGGGCCAGCCACCUGGCGAGAGUGGUAUGAUGUUGACGAAAUCGCAGAAGAUGCUCAGCAACCAGAAGACGAAGUGACCAUUAGCAACAACAGACCAGAAGAACUUACGGAAGAAGAAUGGGACCAAAUGAAGAGCAAGGAGAAGAAGGAUCAAGGUCUUGAUACACUGAUCGAAGAAAGGCCCGGGCGAUCCGUGAAAGGCGAGACGCGAAUCACAAAGCCCGGCAGCCACCUGCGCUCCGAAGGCACCAUCAAGCGGCUGCAGCUUUACAACUCCAAGCCGGAUCUGAAGAGAAGGAAGGAGCAGGCGCUGAAGCCCGUGCGCAUCCAGCCGGACCGGCGCUGGUUUGGCAACACGCGCGUCAUUGCCCAAGACAAGAUGCAGCACUUCCGGGAGACGAUUGCCAAGGGCGUGGAAGAUCCGUAUUCCGUGGUCUUGAAGAGUUCCAAGCUCCCCAUGUCCCUGCUCCGGGAGACCCAGGAGAAGGCCUCGCGCAUGGACCUUCUGUCCGUCUCCCCUUUCCAAGAGGUCUUCAGCAGGAAGCACCAGCAGAAGCGGGCGAAAAUCGGAGCUACAGACCUGGAAGGGCUUCUGGAGGCUGCGGAGAAGCGGGCGGAAGGCUACAGCAAAGGCAGCAACGACCACCGUGCCCUCGUCGAUGCUGAUGGGCAUGAAAAGGAGGAGGAAGCGGCUGGUGGCCACUUUGGCGAGGAGAUUUUCAACAAGGGUACCUCGAGGAGAAUCUGGGCCGAGCUCUACAAGGUCGUGGAUGCUGCCGACGUCCUUUGCUUCGUGCUUGAUGCCCGGGAUCCAAUGGGCACCCGGUGCAAGCAGCUGGAGAGAGAGCUGCGGAGGAGCCGACAGCACAAGCACAUUGUCCUCCUCAUCAACAAAGUGGAUCUUGUGCCCACGUGGGUGACUCGCCGGUGGGUACAAGAACUCACGAGAGAUUUUCCCACAUUGGCUUUCCAUGCAUCCAUCACGAAUCCGUUUGGCAAGAAUGCCCUUCUCAACCUCCUGCGACAAUUCGGCAACCUCUUGAAGGAGAAGAAGCAUGUGACCGUCGGAAUGAUUGGCUACCCGAACGUAGGCAAAUCUUCCGUCAUCAACACCUUGAAGAGGAAGAAGGUCUGCAAAGCCGCGCCGGUGCCCGGCGAAACCCGUGUGUGGCAGUACAUCGCUCUGACAAAGCGGAUUUAUCUCCUGGACUGCCCGGGCAUCGUCCCGGCGACGCAGAGCGACUUCGCGCAGGACUGCGCCAAGGUCUUGAAGGGCGUGGUGCGAGCUGAGCGUCUCAAGACACCUUCGGACUACAUCCACGAGGUGCUGGAGCGGGUGAAGAAGCCCUACUUGCUCCAGCGAUACCGCCUGCCAGCGGAGACCACCUGGCGGGACAGCGAGGAGUUCCUCAGCAUCUUAGGGAAGAAGAUGGGGAAGCUCGUGAAGGGUGGGGAAGCGGACAUUGACACUGCAGCUCGCAUCGUCCUCUACGAUUGGCAGCGCGGCCGAAUCCCCUACUUCACCGCGCCCCCGAACGAGAACGAGAAGGAAGAGGAACAUGACGAGGAAGUGGCAGCAGCCGUCGACACCGAGGGUUCAGGAGAUGGGACGGCAGAAGUCCGCCGCGAUCUGUCGAAACAGCGGUCGAAACAGAUGUCAGGAGAGCCGAAGGAGAAGGAGUCGUCCCAUCCGGCGGCCCAGUCCCUGGAGGCUUUGAAGGAGAUCCCAAAGGCGCACGCUUUCGACGAGGAGGACUGUGGAGGAGACCUGGGAGAGCUUUGCGCGGAGUCGGCGCCGGCGGCAGUUUCCGCUGAGGCGCGGGCGCGCGGAAGCGGAAGUCCCGAUGUUUGGUCUCUGGUGCCAGGGCACUGGGUGGAGCUUUUCUUUCAAGAUGUCGCAUCGUUGGACGGCACGCAACCUGCGUUUCACGUGUGGAGAAAGUGA